AUGCCGGGAACUACUGAUGAUUUAGUACCCAUUAUCCGUGUUUUCGGCGUUACUAACAAGGGCUACAGUGUAUGUUUGCACAUACAUGGCUUCGCUCCUUACUUUUAUGUGCCUGCUCCUAGUGGAUUUGUCGAAUCGCAUAUUUCAUUGUUUCGCGAGGCAUUAAAUCAAUCUCUAAAGCGUGAAGUUAAGCAGAAAGAUUUGGUUGCGUUGCAACAUAUGGUACUCGCAGUUCGUUUGGAAAUGAAGGAAAGUAUAUAUGGUUUUCAUGAUAACCGGAAACUUCCAUUUAUCCGUAUUACUUUGGCUCUACCUAGACUCAUCGCUCCCGCAAAACGUAUCCUGGAAAAUGGGUUUGCAUUUUCCAACUACUCUAUGCAGAGUUAUUCCAUUUUUGAGUCCAACAUUGAUUUUGAGGUUCGCUUCAUGGUCGAUAUUGGAAUGAUGGGGUGCUGUUGGGUAGAAGUACCUAAGGGUCAAUAUUUACUCCGCCUUGAUGAUCCAUCCUCAUCCAGAUGUGAAAAUCAAACGCCUACUGAUUCUCUAGCCUAUGCUGGACCUAAGAUUUCCCCUCAGCCCAAGCAAACUAGAUGCCAGAUUGAAUUGGAUAUUGCUUGGGAUUCUUUACAGGCACAUCCUUCGGAGAAAGCAGAAUGGAGUCACAUUGCUCCUAUUCGAGUUUUGAGCUUUGACAUAGAAUGCGCCGGGAGGAAAGGUUCACAUAAUUUUACUUUACUAAUGAUCUUAUUUAAAAUAAAAUUAUCAUACUACAACCUUUAUUUUGUAGUCAUACAAAACUUGAUGUAG